GAGAUGCGGCGCGCCUUCGUCGCUGUCGCGCUUCUCAAGCACGCAGCAUCAUGCGUGUACCUUCUCCUCUUGGGCCUCCUCAUGCUCUUUGCCAAGCCAUCGGACCAAGUCAAAUUCCAAGUCUACGCCAUGAAGACGCUGAGCGCGCCCUUGUACUUGGCCUUUGCUUGUACGCAUCUACUCGGCGCGAUUUCGCUGUUGGUGCCGAUCCGCUACCGUCGGUCGAUGACACCUCUGCGCUGGCGAAGCCUCUCGGUGCCGUCCCGUGUUGUCCAGCUCGGCAAUGUGGUGGAAACAACUGUCCAGCUCUUGCAGGCGUGGCGGCUCAGCAUGUAUACGGUUGACGUUGACGUCGCUGUCGCGUACGCCCUGCUCGUGAGCAUAGCGGCAAUCUCGACGCCGUGGCCCGCACGGUCGGACGCAGCCCGUUUGGUCAACAGCCUCACAAGCUUCGGGCUCUCGACAGGGUUCUACCUUGUCGUCGUUGUCCCCGCGCUCCUCGUCGCGAAAUUCGUCGACCCGCGUGUCGGCUAUUCGUCCAAUUGGACGGUGCGCUACACGCUCCUGACACGCUUUUUGGCGCCCAAUACCGCGCUGGAUUUGCUGGAAAAGGUCAUUUUGUUCUCGGCGAGUCUAUGGAACGUCCGACAACUGGUCGACCCGAUGCUGUUUCUGCGCUCUUCGAUCGUAGCCCCGACUGCAAGGACCAGCCGCGCGAUCGGUCCGCUCGUCUCGUCCUUCGACCGGUGGGCCCCGCAGAAACCACCGCGGUGUUACGGGUGGCACAAGUGGGUCAAACGCGGGCUGGUCGCGUACUCGUUCGGGAUUGGACUCGUGUCGGCGAUCGCGGGGCUGAGCGUCGCGGUGUCGCCCCGCCGUUGCCCCCCCGAAUGCCGCAUGGUCACGACACCGUGGUGGACGACGAGUUGUACAUGCGCUUUGCUUCGCAUCGAGUGCAACGACACCAACACUGAGUACGCCACAAGGCUCUUUACAUCCAACCAGCUGGGCUCAAUGCUGUUUUAUGUCCAGUGGGUGCGCUGUCCGCUGCCCGACGGACUCGACAUCUCGUCCUUAUCGCAAUUCCCGCAACUCUACGGACUCACGGUGCAGUCGGCGCAGCUGCCAGCCAACUGGUCGCUGCCCAAUGGCGCGUCGUGGCCAUCCAACUUGCUCUCGCUCAACUUUUACGAUACGCCGUUUAUGGACGUCCCACCCGCCUUGUCGGUCCUACCAACCUACUGCCAAACGCUGACACUGUCGCGGAGUCUAAUGACGUCGGCGCUUCCACUGACACGACCGUCGUCAUGGUCGAACCUCGCGGCGCUGCUCUUGUCCGACAACCAGCUGCGAGAGUGGCCAAACUGGAUGCACGAGCUCCGCGCCCUUGAGCGGUUGGAUGUCUCGUCGAAUCAGCUGACGUCGAUCCCCGAGACUGAACUAAUAUCGCUGCCGGCGCUGAGUCGCCUUCAGGUGGCCCAAAACCGAGUACCGACGCUGCCAUAUGCGCUACUUGCGGCCAAACCGGCGCUUGUGCUGGAUGUGAGCAACAACCCGAUUGAGACGGUCAUGUCCGACGCCGUCGCCGCGCGAAUUGCGGACCGGCAGGUGCUUGUGGACGGAAGUCCGUACUGUCUUGCUGGCGGCGACGGCUGCAACGCCGUGUGUGCGCCGACGUGCUCCAACCUCGCGCGCGGCAACAAUGUGUGCGACCGCAGCUGCUAUAACCCCGAGUGCGCGUUUGAUGCUGGUGAUUGCGCCGCGAACGGUACUCAGUGGUAAUUUUUGUGAAUGAAGCCCUUUUUGACCAAAUUUGGCAAGGAAGUUUUACGAAUAGAUAGAUAGCAGAUUGAUGUUACUAAUAAUGUCA